AUGACGCCCAGUUCUCCCGAUGAAGCACUCCAUUUCCGCGGCAAGACACUGACUCCGGAAAGUCCUCGACCACUGCACCUCCCAGAGCCAUCCAAUAUCCCAGUUCUGCAGAACCAGAUGGACCCCGUCUUCAAUGAUACUUCGACUUAUGAACGCACGGUAGAUUUCCAACCCCCUCAAGUGAGAGAUGGAUGGUUCGGAGAAGGCGGACGUGGGCAAGGACAUACGCAUGAUUCAGGUAGCUUGCGUGGUUCUCAGCCAGGGAACCCUGUGAUGAAUGAUAUGCCUGUCUCAACGGAUUUUUACCAUUCCUAUCCCUCCACAGUGCAAUCUGGUCAUAUGAACGUGAACCCAAACGCGCACACCCAGACCCACGCGCCUCCGGUUGUGCCGGCCCAAGGCUUCGCCACUACGAGUGAAAUAGACAGCUCUGCCAACACGGGGGCUGCAUCCCGAUUGCCAGAGCACCUAGAUAAUGGGAAGCACCAUGCAGACUCAAGCGUCGCCGGAGUCAAUCUUCAGAACCUACUCGACAACCUCUCACACCUUCCACCAUCGAACGUGGCCUCCGGGGCUCCCUUACCGGAAGACUCGUCUCUCCAUCAAGCACCCAAGGACGGACCCCACCAUAUCCAAGGCGGCUCUAUGCAGCCUCUCCCAGAACCCCCUGCCCAAACCAUUUAUAUCUCCAAUGAUGAUGGCACAUAUCAUCACCCUUCUGCCCUUGCCACACCCCCCACCCAUCCCACGCAACCCAGUAACAAUGCACAAUCCUAUUCCCAGUCUAUGGCACUGGGUGGAGCGCCGGGAACCGUUCCGGCUGGCUCUUUCCCUCCACCACCCGCUAGUUUCCCAACACCUACUUCGGGCGGGGGGUCACAAACAUCCCAGGAAGCCUCCCAAGCGUCAAGGAAAACUCGUAUCGACAAACAGACAGGGCGGCUCAUCAAGGGAACGGAUGAUGAUGAUGCGCCAUGGGGACCCGAAGUCCAGAAGAAAUACGAUGAGUUUCUACACGAUGAGAGAGUAUAUGUGACAGAAGGGCUCUGGGAUCGAUUCCCCAUGGGAUCCCGCCUAUUUGUUGGUGAGUCGUUCCCAAAUAAGGGCGUCGAGCCAUUUAUUAAUCUUGUUUUCCUAGGCAAUCUCCCAACUGAAAGAGUUACUAAACGAGAUAUGUUCCACAUUUUUCACAAAUAUGGAAAACUUGCCCAGAUUUCUAUCAAGCAGGCGUACGGGUUUAUACAAUUCCUGGAAGCGGGUUCUUGCCAUGCAGCAUUAGAGGUGGAACAGGGGGCUCUGAUACGAGGCAGGAAGAUUCAUCUCGAGAUUUCGAAACCCCAGCGGAAUUCGCGCCCUGCGCCCGCGGAGCCAUCUCGGGCGCCCCCUCCGCGACGUUCAAGAUCGCCAGAGUUCAGUCGGGCUGGUCCCGCUCGAUCCAAUCCACGUGCACCUGCUGAUCGAUACGACCGGCCUUAUGAACCCAGUCGAAUCCCAUUCAGCGAUUACCGGGAUGAACCCUCGAAUCGUCGCCGUGAUGGGUAUCGGCCUCCAAGAUCGCCUUCGCCUCGGCCUCGACCCAGAGAUGGGUAUCGAUCUCGGGAUAGAACACCUGAGCGAUUCGAUCGCCGUGAGCGCCGACGUUCCCGUUCCCCUCGGUCUCGGUCUCGGUCUCCGUAUUCCAGAGACCGGCGAUACCGCAGCCCGAGUCCUAGACCUCGAGGCACCUAUGAAGGAGAAGCCGAUCUACCUGUUCCUCGAAGGGCUCCCCGAGAUGUGCCGGAGGUUCAGGUUCUAGUGCUGGAGGAAAUUGACCGAAACUUCGUCCUUCAUGUGGAGAACGCUUUUCGCAAUCGGGGCUUACGUGUAGAUGUUCUUGUGCUUGGUCCCCGUAUUCCUCUUGGUGCCGCGGUCCAUCGCCAGUACGUCGAAGGAGUCCUUGCGGUUAUCAGACUCUCUCGUCCCAACCAAUUCUCUCGCAAGAUUCCUCUCCAGAUUUUUGACCGAAGCCCAGGGCAAAACAAUGUUCGCUUCAGUGACUACCCCGAGGUUGACCCGAACAUCGCAGCCGAGGUCAUGUUCCACCAAGCUCAAGCGAUGCAACGUGGUCCUCCGCCUGGAUCGUUCCCUCCAAAUCCUGCUUUCGGGGUUGCUCCUAUACCUAUCCCGGCUAUGCCCCUGCCUCAGGCUACUUUGCCAGCAUUGACCAAUGCCCCAAACAUCGCCAAUUUGAUUAGUUCGCUUGACGGCCCUAGCCUCCAAUCUCUCUUGUCGGCCCUUCAACGCCCGGCUGCUCAAUCCCAACCUGUCUCAGCUACUCAAUCGCCAUUUUCUUCCCCCAAUCCUCCACCCCCUGCUGAUCUCGCUGCUUUGUUGACCAAUGCGGCCCGACCACCCCCAACCUUACAGCACGCCCCGCAACCUCUUCCUCCUCCUUUCCAUCUUCAGCCUCCCAAUGGGCCUGUUGUCUCCGAUCCUCAUUUGUUGUCACUCCUAGCUAAGGGACUCGGAGCUCAACAGCCUCAGGGCCAGCCGGCCGUCGGUUCUAAUGUGCAAAACCUGAUGAACCAUUUGGCCAAGUGGAAGCAAUGA